AUGACCGUGCUUUUGAUAUGGAAGUCUGAGAAGAAAAAGGCCGCUGUGGGAAGAAGGUGGGGCCACUUGUUGCGGAGGGAAAUCCAAAUAUUUCUCGUCGGGUUUGUCAUCAUUCAAAUAUGCGAAAUAUUCACUGUCGGAGGGUUUCCCCUUGACGAUAACGUUCGGAAAGGAUUUACGGCUGUUCACUUGGCUGCCAUCUCCGCUACAACAUGGAUGCUCUUCGUAAACGCGCUGGUCGGGUAUCAAUUCCUCGACGAUGGUACACCGAUUUCAAUUGGAUUGCUGUUGACCUCUGCUGCCGUUCUUUUCAUUGGGACUGGUUACAUCGCUCUGGACACCGCCUUCAGUUGGACUGGGUAUUUUGACCCAAGCCUGUCCGGAGAAAACAGGAACAUUGGACUCUAUGUCCUUUAUCUGCUCUUUCCGCUGAUUUGCCUGGUUGGUUUCUUCGUGCUCGAGUCUAUCCUUGUACUGAGGAUUCUCGGUGAGAUGCGACCAAUGCUGUACCUUUCGGGCGCCGCUUUGCUCUUUGCAUUUGGCCAGAUAUUUGACUUCGCUAUUAGCCCCCAUCUCUGCCAGGCAUCGGAUGGCAAGAUCAACGGUGCUUUAUUCGAGACGCUCUUCACUCUUCUCUCCGUCGGUAUGGUUUGGAUCUUCUGGAGUAGUAUAACAGAAGAUGACUGGCCCAUGCCUGUAUCCACCGGAGGAUACAAUUAAGCAAUAUAAAGCAAAAAAAAAAGAUAAGGGAAAAAGGAAACAUUCGAAAAAUGUAUCAAAGCUUAUUUUAUUAUAUUUUGUUCAUCACGCAAAUAUACCAGAAAUCUGGCGGAAAUACCCCCUUUGCUCACUCGAUAAGAUAUGUCUUUUUUUGCUUUUUUUAAUAUCUCAUUUGGGCUGUUAUGAUUAUUCUUUUUACUUUUCCAACACCCACCCAACCAACCACCACCCUUGGGCUUUCUUUUAUAAUGUGAAUUAGCUGGUUUACGCGAUGCAUGUCUUUGAUGUCAUGGGAGCGUGUUAGGAGCCCCCUU